UUGAAAUUAUAGAAAAAGGAAUCCAGUGCAAAAAGCCAUUAAGCAAAAAUUCUAUGCAUUAUAAAAUUAUAGAAAAAGAAGCCAGUUAGUAGAAACUGUGAAUAAAAAAAUCACGAUUUCUCACAUAAUUCAUCAGUUUCAUGACAAAUAUUUUACAGUUUUGUUCGGAUCCGUAGACGAUCCCGCAAUCAUCACUGAUCGUUAAUAAUAGCGGCCGAUGUAGAAACAACAUUUAAUUAGACGUGACAUUCCCGAGCAGUGACGCAUCACAUCGUAUCAUUGCGCGCGAUGUAGUGAGUGUCCGCUAGUAGAAGAGUUGUUCGGAGACGCGGCGACACAGUCGCGAAUACCGGGUCCUUCUCUCUCUCACUCUCUCUUAGCCGUCUUCAGUCUGGUUAUGUGGGAGCCAAGUCGUGGUGACGGCAGUAGUGUACACACGUUGCUGCCGCGGCUACUGAAUCUCUCUCGUGGCUUUCGUUGUAGCCACCACCGUCGCGCUCGAUCGUCAUUAACGUCCUCCUUGUCCGGCCGCUACGAUCCAUCCGGUGGCAGACCCUCGCGCGGUUCCCUCCUCGCAGUACGCGUCGCCGGCCCGAGGAGCCAGGUAAUAAUCCGCUCUUCGCUCUCGCCACUCUCGGUCGCGAAACCCUUCUAUCGGAUGACCCAAAAGUACCGUUACUAACAAGUACCGCCGACCACGUGGCUCGGCGCGUGUUUCCACGGUCUUCAGGUUCCUCAGUCGAGUUGUGACCGCUUCGGUGUUAACCUCGGUGGGUGAAGCGUCGUACGCGAGGUCGGGAGUGUCGAACCUUGGAACAAGACGGUCUCCUCCUCAGUGUUCUUUUCACUGUUGAACGAGAGUAGGACGAAGCCAGAGAGAGAUUUCUUCGAGUCGAUAGAUCGGGAACUGGGCAGUCUGGAAGCUCGCCGAGGGUGACGCUUCGACUUAACCAGGUGCGAGGAACGAGGGAUGAAAAGAAAGGAGGGGGUGCUGCUAACUCCCGUCAGGGUGGCAUGAACGCACAAAACCAAGGUCAAAUGGAAAGUUCGUCGAAGACGUCCACGAGCGCCUCUUCAGGACCCGCGAAUGCUGCCCCCUCGGUUUCCAGUGCUUCUGGUAAUAAUACGUCGUCGGCCGGCGACACCGGCGAUGUGUACGAAUUCAAAAGUUCGAAAGAAGCGACGCCAGUUCGUGGCUCAAGCUCGUCACCGAACCCAAACACUGAUAAAGACAAGGAUGCCGGGAAAUCAGCCAGUAACCAAGGAGCCCAAGGUGGUAGCAGUAAUGCUUCUGCUGCUGGUAACGCAACGGCUUCUAGUGAAACGACGUCGACGUUAACUGCUACGGACGAAGCCCCUGCGACCUCAGCGUCGCCUUCGUCUAAACGUUCGUUCGAAAGCGACAAUGCUGAGGAACAGGACGAAGAGAUUCGACGAAAGAAACGCAAGGACUCGGAACCGGUGAAGGAUAAUUUGAAGAGCAACGCUACUGGCAGGCAGGGCGCUGGUAGAAAUGCUGUUGGCACUGGAGAAAAGUGUACGAAAUCCGGUAAACAAAGCUCUGGAACAAACUCCAGUAAAAGCAAUCAGAACGCAGCUUUGAACAAUCCGGACAGAAAGAGUCCGAGUGCUUCUUCGAUGGCAAGCAGUCCGAAACCAUCAAAUCCUUCUAGCUCGACGACUAACUCGAAGACAAACACACCGGCGCCCCCGGAGUCCGAUGGCGAGGACGAUCGCUCGAAAGGAUCGGAUUCCAGUUCGGCACCCAAAGUUCCGCCUUUGAAAAUCGUCAUCCCGCAGAGCACCACAUCCGAGCAAGAGCAGGGUAACAGAAACGGGAAAAGUAUAUCAAAUCGGAGUCACCAGUUGCCGUAUGUAGUCGCCAGCUCCAAUAGCAACGAUUCUACUGAUAAGGAACAGAAUCAAUCGAACAGUGGGACCAACAGUCCCACGGAAAGUGGAAGUAGCACGAAGAACGAGGAUAAGAAAGACUUUAGUGGUGCUUUGCAUGGUGAAGAGAGAUCGACGCAUCACCAGAGAGUGCUUCGCAGCUCGCAUCGGUCCGGUAACGGCGGUAACGGUUCAACAAACUUAAAAGAGAAUUCUACGUCCGCGGGUAACGGAAAUUAUUCAAAUUCCUCCCCGUUACCAGCGACCGCUUCUACGGAUCGGUCGAAUAACUCCUCUCCGCAACAGAGGCAUCAUUCACCGACGCCUGAGAUGAGUAGUUCAGAGUCAAGUAAAAAUACAUCGGCCGAAGGCUCGAGCAAUGGCGCGGCUUCGAAGGCGAACGUUGCUGCGGAGAAGUCGGAGAAGAAUACUGAGAGUAGUGGGAAAUGUCAAAGGGAUAAUAGUUCGGAGAACUCGGAGAGUACGAAUUCAACUACCUCCACGGCUACGUCGAAUACGAGCACCCCGGCGCCUGCUGUUGAACUUCAUCCGAGGAAAAGGAAGAUGAAACCGAAUAAGGAAGCGCAACAAGCGGCUACAAAUGCUUCGAACGAAUCGUCUGAGGCUGCUAACGCGGGUCCUGAGGUUCAUCCCCAUGAUCAACCGAUUACCAAUUGUUAUCAAUUGUUUUUGAAUAUUAGGAAACAGAUUGAACGAAGAAGGAAAGGCCUCUUUCCGGUUCAACCCAAACCGCCCCAAGGAUUCAAAGAUUAUUUAAUGAACCGUUGUACAUACGUCUUAGCUGGAAACGCGAACAAAGAACCUAAUAUAAAUCCUCCCGUUGGACUACAAGGCCCGAUGAAAGACUUCUAUAUCGAACAAGAAAGGGAAAGAUACCGACUUAGGAUGCAACACGUUGUCGAAAAGGAGAAAUUAGUUCUGUCGGUGGAGCAGGAAAUCCUUAGAGUUCAUGGUAGAGCUGCCAGGGCUCUUGCCAAUCAAUCUCUACCGUUUUCAGUUUGUACUAUAUUGAAGGAUGAAGAAGUGUACAAUGUUAUUACACCGGAACAGGAAGAGAAGGAUAGAAACGCGAGAAGUAGAUACAAUGGCAGAUUAUUCUUGAGCUGGUUGCAAGAUGUGGAUGACAAAUGGGAAAAGAUCAAGGAGGCAAUGCUACUUAGACAUCAUAACGAAGCCGAAUCGCUGCAUGCUGUGCAGAGGAUGCACUGGGAAUGGAAAUUGAAGGAUGUCGGCCUCUGCGAAUCCAAAGCGACGCCUCAAAUUGAGGAUAUUUAUGUACCAAUGGUACACGUAUCGGACGACUUCGACUUGCUACCAGCUUAGUGUACAGUAACUAUACAAUCGACUUGUUGGCAUACAUAUUUUGCUCGUACCUUUGAGACGAAUUCAAACGGUAUGAUUAUAAUCUGUGAUCUCUUUCAUAACGUGUCUGCCAUUCUUGCGUCGUUACCAAAUUAAUAGAGAGGAAUGCGAGAAAUCAGAAAUGUAGAAUUGGAUUGAGUUGCGAUGAGAAUUUUUUGCGGGAUGAUUUCUUGAACAUUUUUGAACUCUUGAAAAUGUUGAGACCUUUGAGAUUUUUUGGGAGAUUUGACGAUAUUCGGGUUCCUCAAUUAUGUCAGGAUGAGAGUUUUCCCUUAGGAUCGGGAUGGAUUCUCGAAAAUUUCGAGAGUCACGAAGACAUUUUCGGAUUCUUACAGAAUUGUACGAAUUAUAUUGUACUAAUUUCAAAAAUUUGAUUACAUCUAUUUAAAAGCUAGUUUGAUUUCACUUUUUAACUAGGUUUAUGUUUUAUAUUCGGACUUCUAUGUUACUUUUUCGAAAUUUGAGUAUUGGGCAUUGGCUACCAUUUCUAUUUACGUAAUUUCAAAAUUAGUGGAAUAGAGUAAAGAAGAUGAUUGGUGACGACUGGAGAUUUUUGAAAUACUGCUUAAAAUCUGUAGUAACUGAGAAAUGACAAAAUGUUCGUUAGUUUCCUGUCUCAGUAAUUUGCUACUGUAUUUUUCGGUACACACACCCAAUGUAAUAAUGUACAUAUUUUGUACCUAGCAACUUACAUAGUUUUUAAAAAUAGUGUAUAAAAAGAAGUUUUUAGAAGAUUAAGACGCUGUGUAAUAAAUGAAACUACAAAUAGAAAGUUAGAUCUUUACUUUA